UACACUCUACUUUCACUGGCAGAACGCACCAAAACGAGUAUAACGACGAUAGCUUUCGACCGACCGUUCGCGCGACACGGGCCAGUGUGAUAGACUCGGGCGCGGGAACGUCGCAAAUACGUUUUUAGUCGACAAUAUUCGCGCGGGCGUCGUUUACACGCCGUCGUGGUCUCCGCAAAAAAUCUCGUAGUAUCGGCGAACACGUGCGCCGCACAUCCGAAACCGCGGUGACCGGAAAUCCGGCGAUUUCACGUGACAAACACCGCCGACAGAUCUCCACCGGCUACGACAUGAACACUUCAACUCUCGUCUGGUUCGCCCUGUGCUGUUGCUCGUCGUUGGCCGUUCCGAUGCCCGACCGACGGCUGCGGCAGACCGACCGGGUCGUUGUCACCGAGGCUGCUGAGGACGUCGACCAACCGUUCGACCCAUCGCUGGACGCCUUGGCGGACGCCAAGUACGACGAAGGCGACGCCACCACCGACGACAGGGAAAAGCGGCAGUUGUCCUUCGUCCAGGGCAAGCUGUUGAAUUUUUUGAAACCUUUACCGGUGGUCGAUGUGACUAGAGAAGAAGAUAAAUACGGCAACGAUGGUGACAAAUUUAACAGGAUUGGACGAGGUAUAAUCGGCGGCGUGGAAACUGUUUCCAAUAUGCUGACCUCGGCGCUUUCGUUUCCAGUGGAUACAGUGAAAAAGUUAUCCAGGACAGCUACCGAAAUGCUAAACAAUUUAGGUGGAAGAUUAAUAGGACUACAAUGAUAACGUAAAACCAUUUCAAUCAGUAUACAAUAAAUAUGUGUUAUUGUAUUUAGUAUUAACUCCUAGGUCUUAGCUCAUCUUAAUAUGUUAUUUUGUGUAUAUUAAAUCAUUUUUAACGUGUUCAAAACUAAUUGUUCACAAUAUAUUAAAAUAAAUGAUUUUUUAUGACGGAGAUUAAUGUUGUUUAGUGGUGCAUUAUAAUUAAUUAGAUUCAGUUUUUGUACAUAUCAUAUUUGUUUGCAUUCUUAAAUUGUUUCAUAUUUAGAAACAUACUUUAUAUAUUUUGUAAUACACUUGGCUAUAAAAAAAAAAAUACACAUAUAAGUUAUAUAUUUUUUUAAUA